AUGUACACUCACCUCACUGAACCUCCUGUUAUAGACAUGUACACUCACCUCACUGAACCUCCUGUUAUAGACAUGUACACUCACCUCACUGAACCUCCUGUUAUAGACAUGCACACUCACCUCACUGAACCUCCUGUUAUAGACAUGUACACUCACCUCACUGAACCUCCUGUUAUAGACAUGUACACUCACCUCACUGAACCUCCUGUUAUAGACAUGUACACUCACCUCACUGAACCUCCUGUUAUAGACAUGCACACUCACCUCACUGAACCUCCUGUUAUAGACAUGCACACUCACCUCACUGAACCUCCUGUUAUAGACAUGCACACUCACCUCACUGAACCUCCUGUUAUAGACAUGUACACUCACCUCUCUGAACCUCCUGUUAUAGACAUGUACACUCACCUCACUGAACCUCCUGUUAUAGACAUGCACACUCACCUCACUGAACCUCCUGUUAUAGACAUGCACACUCACCUCACUGAACCUCCUGUUAUAGACAUGUACACUCACCUCUCUGAACCUCCUGUUAUAGACAUGUACACUCACCUCACUGAACCUCCUGUUAUAGACAUGCACACUCACCUCACUGAACCUCUCUGA